UCCAACAAUCAGCACCCAAUUUCGUCUAAUCAAUCUGCUCUCUUUCUCUGACAAAAUGGAAACUUGGUUCAUCAUCGUUUCAACGCUCUGCAUAGCUGCUUUGAUCAAAGCCUUAUUUAACCUUGUUUUUCUUUACAGAAAAUAUGACCGCUCCAACACCAACCUCCCACCAGGCCCUCCAACCAUUCCCAUCAUAGGCAAUGCCAUAUUGCUUGGGAAAUCGUUCUAUGAACUUGAGUCAAACCUCAGAAAUGUCCGUGCAAAGUUGGGGAACAUAGUGACUCUCCGUAUCGGUCCCUAUCCGAUAGUAUUUGUUUGUGAUCAUUCUCUGGCUCACCAGGCCCUCGUACAGAAAGGUUCUUUUUUCGGUGAUCGACCGUCGACUGUUUCGAUCGGCAAUCAACAUACCAUUAAUUCUGCUCGAUAUGGACAAACAUGGAGUGUUCUACGUAAAAAUCUUACCUCUGAGAUUCUCAAUCCUUCUCGGGUUAGAUCUUACUCUCAUGCUCGUAAGUGGGUGUUGAACAUUCUCAAGGAACAGCUUCUCAAAUCCAAAAGUGGUGGCCAACCUGUUCGAGUUGUGGAUCACUUUAGAUACGCCAUGUUUUGCUUGUUAGCCCUUGUGUGCUUUGGUGAUAAGCUUGAUGAAGAACAGAUCAGAAGAAUCGAGGAUGUUCAGCGUGAUUUACUGUUGAAUUUCCAAAAUUUCAACAUACUCGAUAUCUGGCCUAGAGUUACCAAGUUUUUAUUCUAUAAGCAUUGGAAGAAGUCCCUGCAAAUUCGACAAAAUCAAGAAGAUGUGUUGAUCCCGUUGAUAAGGGCAAGAAAGGAGGCAAAGCAAGAGCACUUGAACAAGAUGAAAGAGAAUGACAACAAUGAUGAUGAUGGCUUUGUUUUAUCAUAUGUGGACACUUUGUUGGAUCUACAACUCCCAGAGGAGAAAAGGAAACUAAAUGAAGGGGAAAUGGUGAGUUUGUGCUCUGAAUUUCUUAAUGCUGGUACAGAUACUACAUCUACAGUUCUGCAAUGGAUUAUGGCAAACUUGGUGAAAAAUCCUCAUAUUCAACAGAAGCUAUUCAUGGAAAUUAAAGGGGUUGUGGGAGAAGGAGAGGAAGAGGUGAAAGAAGAGGAUUUACAAAAGAUGCCUUAUCUGAAAGCAGUAAUUUUGGAAGGUCUAAGGCGUCACCCACCUGCACAUUUUCUAUUACCACACAGAGUUACCAAAGAUGUCAUUUUGAAUGAUUUUUUGUUGCCCAACAAAGUUAUUAUAAACUUCAUGGUGGCCGAGAUGGGAUUGGAUCCUAAGGUGUGGGAAGAUCCCAUUGCUUUUAAACCAGAAAGGUUUGUGAACAGUGAUGGCUUCGACCUAACAGGGAGCAAGGGGAUCAAGAUGAUGCCAUUUGGGGCAGGGAGGAGGAUUUGCCCUGCACUUGGUUUGGCAGUGCUUCAUUUGGAGUAUUUUGUGGCGAAUUUAGUUUGGUGUUUUGAAUGGAAAGCUGUGAAUGGAGAUAAUGUUGAUUUGUCUGAGAAAGAAGAAUUUACGAUAGUGAUGAAGACUCCAUUGCAGGCUCACAUAUAUUCCAGGCACACAUAAAAUACUACAAUAUAUAUAUUUUUUAUUUUG